AUGUUGGCGACCAGGCGAGGCGACCUGCGCGCUGUCCGCCUAGGCUUCGAAUGCCCCCGCUGGCGCGCGCCCUGGCCCCUCGGCACGAUUGCGGUGCGCUGGCGGCCUGGCGCGGUCGCGCUGGCGACGCGCGCCGACGGCCCCCGCGGCCGCCGCAGCGCGGCGACCCUCGGGCUGCUGAUGCGCCCUGCGGUUGGCGAGCCAGGCCAGCAGGUCGCGGCGGCGCUGCGCCCGCGGAAUAGCAAGACGAACGACUGGGGCGAGGCGAACAAGGAGGCGGACAUGGAGGUCGUCGACGAGGCGGACAACGCUUGCGGCGAAUACGUGGGCGACGCGGAGGAAAACUGCGGCAGCGUUG